AGGAAUCCCUUAGGGGAGAGCCUUUCUUCUGCAUCUGAGGGAGACAGGUGGUAGUGAAGCCAUUCAGCAAGUACCUCUAAUGACCAAUCUUUGCUGAAGAGUGGAAGCUGUGCAGGUUACAACAACUGAUUCCCAUCUCCUGAGGCACAGGCAGAGCUCUGUUCCCCUGGGAAGCUGCCUAACCAGCCUGUGCCUGUAGUGAGGUCUACCUUGAGCUUGGGUGUUCUGCAAGACUGGAUUAACCUUGUCUGAUGGCUCUCAGCAAGGCAAGGAGGAAUUACUGCUUUCUCCACCCACACUUCCAGACAUGUUUUCCUGCCACUUUCCUUCCUCUGGCUAGUCUGUGAAUGCACUGAAUUUGCUAUCACAAAUUCAGUGUUGGAAAGUAAUUCAGAAAAUACUGUUAGGAAAAUAAUUAAACAAAACAAAAUACCUAAAACCCCAAAUUCAGGAAAGUCUGCUUUGCCAGUGAGUUGAAUAGGCUUGCUGAGAGAUUAGAGGAACAGUAGCACUAGUGGGUAAGAGGGAGCAGGAUUCUGGCUGGAGAUGAACAGGGAGAGGGGAAGGAUGGAGGAAAUGUGGCUCUUAGCAGCAGUGAGGGACUGGAUGAACGCCGACAUCUUGCAAGCCUCAGGCCUGCCUCACCACAGCGUUCCAGCGUCUGAGACCUCUUACAUUGACGGUUAUAAUAAGCAUGUACGCUUAGCUAUUUAUCUGAAACUUGAAACUGCUGUGAAAACAUGAUGACUUCAGACUCUGGCAAUCCUUCCUGUGCUUUCUGAUAUUCACUGUCCUGUGCUGUGGGUGGGCAAAAAAUAUCUCCAUGCAAUGUGUUUUGUGUAAGCCCUUCCAAGUAUUAGUGGGAAAAAAACAUAUGAUUAUACAAAAUAUUACUGUUAGCAAGGCUGAUAUAUUAUUUAUUGCAGAUAACUCUUUUUGCAAAUGUGGGCCUAUUUUCUUCAGUGAGGCAGACUUUUUUUUUUUUUUUUUUUUUUUUUUUUCCCUUAUGAGGUUUGUUAUUUGGUAGCUGAGUUUGGUAACUUGUCAGUCAUUCAGCCUGUUAACUCCAGCUGUCCCCUGUUUGUUUGCAGUGCUAGUAGGUCAUCUGAAUAACACAGUGAUUCUGAUUGAAUGGCUGGAGCUUACCAAGUGGAAUACCGAGUGAUGCAGUGCAAGGAGCUGAAGCUGACUAGUCAUCCGGAUGCCUGGGACAGAAGUGGAGAAUCACUGUGGCUAGGUUUUGAGGCUAAACAUGAGUGCUGUGAUUUUGUGUGACCAGGCCUGAAUUACUGCAGGUGGAGGAGAGCAGUUCCUAGAAAGAGAAAAUCAAAAGGUGAACAUGAUUUCAAACAUCAGGCAUAAGUCUCAGAGAAGCCACACAGUGUUGCCAUGCUUUGUACUUCUUCAGAUGGUGAUCAUGGCAGGGACCGUGAUGCUGGCUUACUACUUCGAGUACACCGACACCUUCGCCGUCAACGUGCAGGGCUUCUUCUGCUACGAGGGCGCGUACCGCAAGCCCUACCCGGGCCCGGAGGACAGCAGCGCCGUGCCCCCGGUGCUCCUCUACUCGCUGACGGCGGGCGUGCCCGUGCUGGUGAUUAUCGUUGGAGAAACUGCAGUGUUUUGCCUACAGUUAGCUACAAAGGAUUUUGAAAACCAAGAAAAAACAAUAUUAACUGGAGACUGUUGUUAUAUAAAUCCACUGGUGCGCAGAACCAUCAGAUUCCUUGGAAUUUACGCAUUUGGACUGUUUGCUACGGACAUCUUUGUAAAUGCUGGACAAGUAGUAACAGGGAAUCUUGCACCACAUUUUCUUGCACUUUGUAAACCCAACUAUACAGCACUUGGAUGUAAACAGUAUACACAAUUCAUCAGUAGUGCACAUGCCUGUACGGGAAACCCAGACCUUAUCAUGAAAGCCAGAAAGACAUUCCCAUCCAAAGAAGCAGCACUAAGCGUAUAUGCAGCUAUGUAUCUGGCUAUGUAUAUCACCAGCACAGUAAAAGCCAGAGGAACAAGGCUUGCAAAACCUGUUCUGUGUUUGGGCUUAAUGUGCUUAGCUUUCCUUACUGGAAUCAACAGAGUAGCAGAGUAUCGAAAUCACUGGUCAGAUGUAAUAGCAGGAUUUGUAAUUGGAAUAUCUAUAGCAGUGUUUUUGGUUGUUUGUGUGGUAAAUAACUUCAGAGGACGUCAGCCAGAACAUGAACAUUCUCAUAUGGAUAAUCUGGCCCAGAUGCCCAUGAUCAGCAUACCCCGAGUAGAAAGCCCGUUAGAAAAGUUCUUUGUCAGAUUAAGAGAAGUCGGUACUCCCAUGCCAUUGGACACUAUGCUGCUGCUUUUUAUUUGCUGCCUGAUGACCUGCCUUCCAGCAUACUUAAGGAACUUCGAAUUUCUUCCACGGUGUAGCCAUGAUGUGAUGUGGACAGGCAGACUGUUCUACAUCCCUACCUGGAAACGCAGUUUAAACAUCACCCUCUAAAGCCCCAAAGAAACUGUGUGUUGUAUCAAGGCGAGGGUUGGACCUAGGGUCUAAAGACAGCGUUAUGCCACACUUCUUCAUCUCGACUAGAAAGGUCUAAGAUCUACUUUUUGACAGCUGAUAAGAAAUAUUAAUACCAUCUUCUUCAGCUGACAUGACAGCAGAAAUCAAAGAAUGCCCUGGUCUCUGAACGAACACAUCCACCCAGUGUGUUCCUGAUUUACGAGGUGUACGUUGUUACAAUUUAUCCUACCAAUUAAAUAUGGUCCUGAAUCCAUUUUCUUACACUGAUCUCACUGAGGCAGCUAGUGUGAUGAAUAAAAUCUUACAUCAGUGGUUCCUGCAGGACAGCACGAUGUUCACCAGAUGUCAUACAGCUGGCCAGAAGGUGUAAGCUAGACACUGCCAGGGCACAGCACUACUGGACAUGCACAGGGCGACUUGUAGCCAGAGGAACUUGGCCCAAAAGCCGAACUACCCGGUAAGUGACACAACACUUUACAGUAUCUCACGAUGCAAACCAGCAUGACUUUUAAUCUCCUACAUGCAUUAAUCCUACAGCUUGGUGGUACUAACCCUGUUCAGCCUGGAGUUGAAAUUAUCUAUUCAGAAUGUGAUAGAUUCAGCACUGCUUUUCUUCAUUCCAAGCCUGAAUACUAGAAUCGUCAGUCAUCAGUAAUGCCUAUCUGGUGCCUGUCUGAAUGACUGCCUUCUGCGCUGCCUAAAGCUUGGAGUGGAAGGCCAGUGUUUGGCUUUUUAAAAGCACUACAAGCAGCUGGUUCUAAAAGCCUGGUGGGAGAAGCACGGCUCCAAAACGUUGUGUUUUUUUUUUUUCCCCAGCCAAUGGACAUUACAUCUCAUGAGGUUUAAUUCAUGAUUCCAGCCUGUUUCAGCUGCACUGACCUUGAAAAUGUUUUGCAUUCUCCUGUUGUAUAACCACCUGUUUGCUAAAUCAUUUAAUGUUUGCUGUGACCAGUGCUGAAGAUCUCACAGCCUUUUAUCAGCUCUAAUGACAGUCUAAGGUUCCUUAUCUGUGGUGGAAGUGUACUUCAGAUAAGAUUAGAAUUCAUGCCACUCAUUGUCAGCAGAAUUUCUGGCUACUAGAUUGCACUGACAAGUUCAAUCUGACGUCUGUGAGAUCAUUAGAAGCUACAUAAGGUAUGCCUAGGAAUAGAAAUGUGAAAAUAAAGCCAAACUCAGCAUUUGGCACCAAUUCCAAUCACAGUACUUCUGUUUUCAGGCUUUUUUCCAAUCUCCUAUCAUUCUGAAAUCAGUCGGGUUACAAAUGUUAGCAAAAUAGUUCAAGAUGUAAUAAAAAUUAAAACACAGUAAAAGCAGAUGCAGAAAACAGUUAAAAGUUACCUGAACAGUUAAAAAUAGCAGUACACCACUCUCCGUGGCCAAACUAUCAUUAAUACAAAAAGCCUUCAACUUCUAAUUAAGAAAAAAGUCUUCAGGAUGUAGCCACCACUCAAUUACAGAGGACAGGACUUUAUGAUUAGACUAACAGAUAUUCGUGUUGCUGCUCUCUUGAGUCUGCAAGGAGAAUUGAGGUCUCAGCAACAGCAUUUUUUGAAAUAAUUGAGAAACAGAGAGGCUGGAAAGAUAAAGCAAAGGUCUGAACACCUAAGUAAUCGUGUGAUCUACAGGCUUUUACCAGAGCAACAAGGAAAUUCAGAAACAGUGAAGAAAACACCAGGUUUACUGGAAGCACGGACAAACCUCCUUAUGGAGCAAAACACUGUCAAUAUCAUAUCAACAUGGUAUGAUCGAUAAAAUGCUAAAGGAAAAAAUUAUUCCUUUCUGUCUGUAACAGCUGAAGAAAACGGAGUGCGUGCACCUUGUCUGAGGACUCCAUGAGAUUAUACCAGACACACUUUCUGAAAAGGCCGUGUCCUGCCAGGCGAUGACCCUUCCCUACGGUGAACAGCAGCAAGACCAGCUGCUAUACAAGUUGUAUGAAAUUGCCAUUCAUCACUGAGUCACUCCGUGCAAAUGCAGUUGUUUUUAGCAAGUUGCCAACAAACCAUACAAGUGGGAAGUACUGAUAAAAGGGAUGCAAUGUUGCAAAGUUGAUCUAACUAGCUGUGUACAAAUAACUUAAACGGUGACCCGUGACACUCUUUUGGCAAAACAAAUUCUUAGUAUAUACUGUGCUUUCACAUACAACUAAUAGACCUGUCUAUGACACAGCUGCGGUGAGACCUCACUUAGCAAUCAAUUGUCCAGUGCGUAGACAGAUAUAGAUAGGCUGAGACUAGAAAUAUUUAAGUAAAGGUUUGCUGGAAGAUGGUCUUUGCUUAUUCCUAUAAAUGUGAAAUUAGUGUUAUACAACAUGUUAAUUUAUUUCCAAGAGAAACUGUAUUUCAGUCACCAUUUAUGUGACAUUCCCUAUAAACCUGGGGGAGCAAAGAGCAGAUGUGGUUCUCCUGGCAGCCAGCGAUCUCUCUGACCCCUGCCGGCUGGUUCCUGGCUGCAGCGAUGCCCCUGAACAUCCCUGCUACCCUGGGCCAGGGAAACCCUGCGAGCCCCCACGCUCCCUCCCCCUCCACUCCCCGUGUUGCUCAGAGGCUGCUCCCUCCCCACCUUUUAGGUUUACAGAUGUGGCCUGCACCCACCAAGUCCUUCGUGACGGUGCAGGCAGGACAGCCAGGAGACAAACCUGGGGCUGGGGACACCACAGCUGGGGCUGCUGGGGAGACACGGUGGGCUGGGCGAGGAGCAGGCAGCAUGGAAACACGCUGGCCUUGCUGGUAGCUGCAGCUGGCAGAGGACCAAGACUUGUCCUCUGUGCCCCAGCUCCCAGCAUGGGGGGCUCCUCUGCCUCCUCGCAUUUUGUAAGAGCUUUAAACGUUAUCCCUAAACUAAGGACAGGAGGAGCAGCUGAGGAAGCCGAAAAACAGAUAAGAGAGCAAAAAGGUAGAAAUAUUCAAGUAAACAGAAUUUCUGCUUCAGGAGAAAAAAAAAUAAAAAAUAGACGUAUUUACUGACUGUCCCACUGCAGUACACAGAGACAAAUUAUGAAAUACACCGUAGACAUCACAAUUUAGAUAGUGGUAAUAUAUUCUUAUUUAUUCAUUUAACUGACAAGAAAUCAAAUGAAAAUAUGCACUUCAGCUGCCAAAAACUACCUAAACAGCUCAUCUUUACAUGAAAGCUAAUUACAACAACCCUAAUAAAAAAUGUCUGAAAUGUCAAGGACUUUCUCCAUCGAUAUACCAGAAAGUUGCAGUAAUUAUUAUCUAGUCAUUUUUAUGUAUUAUUUACACUGUAUAAUCCUUGGUGUUAACACUAUGCUAAAAGGACAUUAUUUAGGCUGUAGAGCUCAACUAUUAAAAAAUUGAAAAAAUGCCAGUUCUGCUCUCCACCACAGCUCUAAGCUGCACAGCUGGUAAUGGAGCAGUGCAGAAAAAGUGUCCCAGCAUUGGUGCCACCAUUGCACAGGAGCAGGCUGAGGCCAGAAGUGAGCCAGUGGCAACAGUGGGCAGGCCAGCACUGAGGUUGUGCAAAUUUAUCCCAAAAUUCCUUUAAGUCAUCCCACUGAACUUCACUGGUGGCUUUCAGGAUGCCCGCUUCCAUGAGUUACUACAGGUAUGGUCUGACUGCUGCAGAAUGAAGACAUACGACUGAUAGUAAAAAAAAAAUAAUAAUAAAAUCCUAAAAAAUAACCAAAUAAGACAGAAACUUGAAGGAGCAAGAUUGAGAGCUUUUCAUUUUAAAUACGUCUAAUUGCUUUGCUCGUUCUACCUCCUUUUCCUUUCCUUUGUCAACAGAGCAGCAGCUAUGAGAGCACUGCAGCAAGUCUUACUUUCUCUUAACUCCCAAUGGGGAUGUAAAAAGAAAUGUUAAAAAUACACCACAGCACUGCCUGUAUUGACAAAACAUGAUCCGUGGAUGCCCAUUAUUAGCAAUCCUUUGCUACAGCUACCUACCCACUGAUGUGUUGCAUGUUUCUCAUGAUUGCCUCUGCCUAGCAUGCACAGCUGCAAAGAACAAACUUUUUUAGAGAAAGUAUGGGACAUACAGAGACACUAUACAGUUACAGAGCAUGGCUUCACAGGACACUUUCUUCAGGGGAUUCAUCUCUUGCAGUUAGAGUAAGGCCUAGAAUAUUUCAGCAUUCUGUACAGAGACGUACUCACCAGAUCCUUGUCUGCCUUUUUAUUGGCUAAAGCAUCCAUUUUGGAAUCAAGCUCACUUUGAAUGUGGUCUCUCCUUUUCAAAACACCCUUAAAAUAAAAAAUAAUAAAUAAAUAAAGCACACUAAAUUUUAGCCAUGUGUUCAGAAAACCAUCAGACAAUUUUGAAAUUUAAUAAAUUAAGAUCAGAGAAUGAAACAAUUCAAUAAUUUUGGCAUGAUAUAAAUAUUUUUCUUUAAAAAAAAAUAAAAUCGGGUAGUAAGGACUCAUAUUUCAAUACCCACCUUUUAUCUUAUGUGAUUUUUCUAGAAUCUUGGUAAAUCCAAAAGCAAUGCCACAAGAAUCUGCCAUACACGGUAUCAUUGCUAAUUGUAUGAGAAAAACUGCAGCAGCAGUUAACUUAGUAGUAACUCAACCUACAAUAUAUUCAUUUUAAAAAAGCAACAUGAGUUUGUGAAAUCAAAAGUAGCUUACUUGAGGAAAAGCUACAAUACAAAUUAGAAUAAAUGACUCAGAAUGGUAUACAAGGUAUUAUUGAAAUUGUGACUUUAACCAAUAUUAUUCUGCAAGCACCAACUGUAGUUCAGUAACAUCAGAUAAAAUUAUCAUAAAAAUAAUAGACGCAAUGACAUUGAUAUGUGUGCCUAUUUUCAGUAUAUGUAAUUAUUUCCUUCCCUAAAACUGUCUUACAGGUAUUAAAUUUUUAGCAUAAUGCCAAAAAAUAAUUAGAAAGGGGAGGAAAUGUUACUUGUUAGACUACAAAACGGGAAUAGUGUAACAGAUUAAAUUUCCAUUUCUGAUGUUCAUUUGCUAUGUGACCUUGAGCAAGUCUUAUAAAUUUCUCUUUGCCUUAGUUUUCUCAUCUGUAAAAGCAUACUCAGGUGUGCUUAUCUCACAGAAAUGUUACAAGGCAUUAGUCCUUUAAAAAAAUAAUCAGAAGCAGGACAUACGUAAUUGCAAAUGUCAAAACCUCCUUUUACUUUGCUGUGCCACAACUGGUUUUACUGCUUCUUCUGCAUAUACAAAAAAGAUUUUCAGUAUUUACCUCUAGCACAGGGCAUGUUGAAACAGCACAGGGCCUAAGCAGCUCUACCUUUUCUAUCUGUCUUAUUUGACUGAGUUCUCUCUGAUAUCUUGUCACUUUAACAAGCACAACAUAAAAAAGCAGUAGGUGAACUUUAAAAUAAUGUUUCAUGUUUCCUUUUGAACAUAUAUACACUAGAAAAAUUUGGCAAACUUGACUUGGGACAACUCUGAGUACUACUUUAGCACUACAUGCUAACGCAUAAAUCUACCUUUCAAUAGCUUAGAAUAUCUUCUGUUUCAAUAAAUACAGAAAAUAUUUAGCUGUAAGCACAGAAGUAAAACAAUUAUGUCUAGAAAAGCUGUCUUCCACAUUAUGAGUGCUUUAUCUUUUUUAUUAUUCCUUUUGCCUCUUUUAAAACUAUUUUAUUGACCAUAUGCCAACUUCUAUCACAAAUAUUUCUUAAGUUACAAGAUAAAAACAAUAAUUUUAAUAUUAACGUGUUGCAACUAUAAGCAAGUGCUGAAUUCCAAUGUCAAACAAAGGGACUAUGUUUUAUAUACAUAUUGUUAUACUUUUGUAAUUUGUAUAAUAAUUAAUACUACCCUGCCACAAAGCCAUCAAAUAAUUGUAUGUGGACCCAUAACCAAUUUAGAGCUGCAGUUUGUACCCUGAAGCACAACAGGACGGUUGCACUCUCUAGAUUAGUUGUCUCCACUGUGAGUCAGUUAGAAAGGAGCCUGUCUAGACAUAAUUAUUUAACUAUGAAUUUAUCUCUUUCCUCAGUUUAAGGCUAAACUCCCAACACUGGAAAAUACAAGGACUAAUCCAUUGUACUGACCACAACUUCUGCAUGUUUGCACGUUAGCUUCUUGCAGCAACACACAAAGGUGCCUGUGAUGAGGUACCCUAGAAAGCAGGUUUUACUGGUGUGUGACUUCCUUCAUUGUAUUUUGAGUAUGAUUAGUAGUCCCCUCUCCGUACUGUGAGAGGGAAGUAACUUGUAGGAAAAAAAACACAUGUUGAAUGUAAGGAAAAGAGCAGUACUUUGAGAGGACUGAGCUACUGGAGGAAGAUUUUCCUUUGGACAGGACCUUGUGGCAGCUUAAUGCUGCAUUGCAAGUGUUGCAUCAAGGCAACUGCAACUAAGAAAAACAAAACAAAACAAAAACAAAAAAGGAAAAAAAAAAAAAAGAAACCAGCAGUGAGUAACAGCAACUUGCAACACGUGCAUUACGAGCCAGGAAGUCAUUCUGUGGUUUGUGCAGACAAAUCUCUCUGUGCUACACACAGAAGCAAGCACCUGUGAAAGGGUGAGCCAAACUGCAAACUAGAAGGCAGUGUCUCUUCAAAAACAUGAGGGAUGGGAUGGCUCACAGCUAACAGAUGUACAAGUUCUGAAAAACAAGAUUGGAACUGGGGGAGGGGAGGAAAUACUGCAAUUUGCCAAGAUAGUACUCUCUUCAUACCUGUAAGCAAAGUAAUGCCUAUCUCCGUCUGCCUCCAUGUACAUUUAAAUACUGAGGCCUGUGAGAUACAGGACAUUUUGUAUGGUCUCUCUUUUAGUGAAAUUUGUUUUAAAGACAGUGGUCACUGUAGUGACCAGUGUAGUGACACAGUAGUUCUUUAACCUUUCAGUUGCUAAGCCAUUUGGAGAAACGGGCAAUGCUGUGCACCGUGCCAACAAAGGCCUAUGCUGGCCAAGUGAACCUGGGUCUUGCUCUACACAAGACCUGUAGCACACUCAGCCCCUGCUCAGAAGCCACUGCAGUAUGAGCAGGACUACCAGCAGAGACACAAAAAUGGAUACGGCAGAUUGCAGAGGCAUGGCAAAUCCUAGACAAAGGCUUGUUUGCAGACAUUCCUGCUUUCUGAAGGCAGCAGAGUGGGAAUGAUGACAUGCUGAAGUCAGUUUUUGAAUUAUGUUGAUUGUCAGGUCAGAUUUUUUACAUUCUCUCCAAGUGUAAGAAAAUUACAUAUGUGAAGGGAACUGAGAGCAUCAGCUUAUGACAGACUAAAACUUGCUUAUAUAAUGACACAGGGACUGGAAGUUUCCUGCUUUUCUAGAAAAAGAAAACAUAAUUUAGGAACAUCUCCCAGAAAAGGGAAGAACCUCUCCAGUCCUCCUCCCCCUCACAAUCUGUUACUAGAUGAGUCCGUAUUUCACCAGUGUCAGCGGAGGUCUUUCUAAACUGCUGUUCCUCGAGCCUUUCUGUGUUCCAGCCUCUGCUACAACACAGAGCUCUCUUCAGAGGGCAAAAUCCAAACUCUUCUGCACUGCUACCACGAGUGGAUCCAUGCCACACAAAACUAGCAAGCCUUUCUCAUCUGAAAGGGGUGCCUCUAGCCUGAUUAACAAGGGAAACAGGACAAACUGGAUUCUCUGCUGAUGGACAGCGAUCCUGUGCAGUGCAGGUUUACUAAGGGCAGUUAAUGACAGCAAAAUCAUUUUCAUCAGUUACAAACUCUCUUCUAGAGUUUGUCAGUGCCCUAAGCCAAACUUCAUAUACUGCCAUAAGAAAUCCUAAAGGAAACCUUACCAUCAGAAUUUCACUGUAGAGAACAUACUCAUGUAAGAUCGGUAGCAGAUUUUCCGAGAGCCCUGCCAUUCGUUUCUCUGUAGCCUUGCAACACUUGUCAAUGCAGCUGGCGAUGCCUUUUAGGGAGUCUGCUAUAUCUUCUUCUGAUGCUGACCAAAGUGUGU